CCUCAGCUCCCAAGCACUAGCCGAAAGAUGUUUGCCUUCGCCGCUCUCGUCGCUCUCGCCUCUUCUGCGCUCCCCACCGUCUUCGCUCACGGUGGUGUUCUGGCGUACUCGAACGCGGGCAACUGGUACCAGGGAUGGGCUCCCUACAACUCCCCCGAUGGUCAGACCAGCAUUGAACGCCCUUGGUCGACCUACAACCCAAUCACUGACCCUACCGACCCCACCUUGUCUUGCAACGACGACGGUACCUCUAGCGCUCUCCAACUUACCGCGACCGUCGCUGCUGGUUCUGCUAUUACUGCUUACUGGAACAGCCCCUGGCCUCAUGCCAUUGGCCCCAUGCUGACGUAUCUCGCGCAAUGCCCCGGCUCGACCUGCACCGGCGUCAACUCCGACAGCCUCCAGUGGUUCAAGAUCGACGAGGCCGGUCUCCUCUCCGGCACUGUCUUCAGCGGCUCCUGGGCCGAUGGCCAGAUGAUCGCCGACAACUCGAGCUGGACGACAACGAUCCCAAGCACGGUCCCCUCCGGCAACUACCUCAUCCGCUUCGAGACGAUCGCCCUGCACUCCCUCCCAGCUCAAUUCUACCCCGAGUGUGCGCAGAUUCAGAUUACCGGCGGAGGCAACCAAGCGCCGACCACCGAUGAGCUCGUCACCUUCCCUGGUGCCUACAGCAGCACCGACCCGGGCCUCGACAUCGACGUCUACAGCAACGCUGCGCAGACGGAGACCACUUACAUCAUCCCCGGCCCUCCGCUCUACGGCUCUGGCACCGGCGCUCCCGCUCCCCCACCGAGCAGCACCCCUACCGUCUCCGUGCCCGCGUCCUCCCCCAGCAGCACCCCAACCUCGGCCCCGACAGGGCCCACCGUCGCUCAGUACGGCCAGUGCGGUGGCCAGGGAUACACUGGCGCCACCAUUUGCGCCUCCGGCUCAACUUGCACUGUCGUCAACCCUUACUACUCGCAGUGCUUGUAAAAAGAGAUCGUCGUUUACGCCGCCUUAGCUCGAUGUAUCGCUUCGUGCUUGAUGUAACAUAUGUCUACGGAAAUGUAGCAUUGAUCUGACGCUAUCACAACGACCUGGGCUACUCCAGGGUACACAAGAAAGAUGUCGAAGAUACACUUGCGCUAUAUUUUGUCACGAGGUUUUUGUCAAGCUGCGAUGGGACGCAGAGGAAAGAAUACCGUCAGGCUUCGAACGGUCGUCUUGAUGAGUUUCUGGAGGCGAUCCGGGCUGCGGCGGCAGUUCACCGACGGCGAUAAGGCCCAGCUGGGAAGCACUUGUAAACGGGCCGAUCCUGCGCGAUGGCACCUCCUCUCCAGAUGGGAUCCAAGUCUCCUCGGCACACACGUACUCAUUGCGGCUCCCGACGAUGCGCAUGCGACUGUUGAGAAGCACGAGGAGCGACGUCGAGUACAGCUUCGCGAUCACGAGGACACCGCAAGAGUAGUAGCCCUCGGUUGGGAAAGCGAAGAAGAGCACCAGGUUGACUAUUGCGACUGUGGCAGUCAGAGUUCCUGUCUCGAUCACAAUACGGAUCAUUCUGGUAAUCACGGUUUUCGUCAUGGGAAACUGCACGUCUGCUCGCAAGAGUAGCCAUGUCGUGGAUGUGGCGAUGACACAGUCGCACAGCGCGCUCGCACCGGACCAUAUACUGGAGCUGACUGGGGCCGUGGACGCCAAGUCAUUGGCGGUCUGGAGCACGCUCAUCUGGAUGCCUAUGACGAUAGCCGCGGUCACCUGUAAAGCGGAGAGGGAGGCUAUUACGAGUCCCAAAAACUUGGAGCUCGAUAAAAUCGUGGUUCGGCGCGCAUAAAACAUCUGCACAAUGCAGCUCACUAUGCCCGAUAGCAUUGGAAUCGUAAACCCAUCGAUGUGCACAGAAGCAAGAGCUGCCUCGUCUCCAUAAUGUGCCGCGAAUGCCUGGAACGCAGACGAAAUCAACAAUGCUGUCUGACAGCUCUCGAACAUGUACAGAGUGUAGACGACCGCCUUUACUAAACGUUUGUCUCUUGGGAACGCGAGAUAGUACAAGUAAACUUGGGUGGAGAGAACGCCGUAGCAGCAGAUGUUGAAGAAAUGACCCAAAAG